ACAGAAGAGAGAGAGGAGAGAGGACGCGCGCGCGGCAGCAGCGGCUGUGGCUGUGGCUGGCAGACUGGAGCUCGUGGAGGAGGCGCGGCUCCCCUGCCCCUCCAUCCAAACACCUGUAUGGACGACCACCUCAGUCUCCUUCAAUCGCCUCCGCCUUCCUCGACCAAACACCGGAGCAACAACCUCGUGAACCACGGAUACACCGAAACCGAAACGGACAUCAUGACAAUUGUUGCUUGUGACAACAUGUUGGAGGAGACGGCGGCGCUGCCCGGGCACCACUCUUUAGAACGUUACGCACCUGACCACGAGUGUUGUGAGAGAGUGGUCAUCAACAUUUCGGGCUUACGAUUUGAGACGCAACUUAAAACCCUUUCUCAAUUUCCAGAAACCUUACUCGGGGACCCUAAGAAGCGAAUGCGUUACUUUGACCCCUUAAGAAAUGAAUACUUCUUUGACAGAAAUCGCCCCAGCUUCGAUGCCAUAUUAUACUAUUACCAAUCAGGGGGGCGUAUCCGACGACCUGUCAACGUUCCCAUAGACAUUUUCUCAGAGGAGAUCCGAUUCUAUGAACUAGGGGAGGAGGCCAUGGAGAAAUUCAGGGAGGAUGAGGGCUUUAUCAAAGAAGAAGAGCGUCCUUUGCCCACCAAUGAAUUUCAGAGGCAGGUGUGGCUGCUAUUUGAGUAUCCCGAAAGCUCAGGUCCAGCGAGAGGGAUUGCUAUUGUUUCAGUGUUGGUCAUUUUAAUUUCCAUUGUUAUAUUCUGUCUAGAAACAUUACCCGAAUUUCGAGAUGACAGGGACCCCAUUACUGUGGCGCCCUUUAUAAAUGGAACUGUUCCUUACCUCGGAAGUCCUUUUUCCGACCCUUUCUUUGUAGUGGAGACUCUCUGCAUAAUUUGGUUCUCAUUUGAACUGUUGGUCAGAUUUUUUGCUUGUCCCAGCAAAGCCACAUUUUCAAAAAACAUCAUGAAUAUUAUUGACAUUGUGGCAAUUAUCCCAUACUUCAUAACCCUCGGGACCGAACUUGCGGAGAGACAAGGCAAUGGACAACAGGCGAUGUCCUUGGCCAUUCUUCGAGUGAUAAGACUCGUGAGAGUAUUUCGCAUUUUUAAGCUCUCCAGACACUCCAAGGGACUCCAGAUUCUGGGUCAAACUCUCAAAGCCAGCAUGAGAGAACUUGGUCUGUUAAUAUUUUUCCUCUUUAUUGGAGUGAUCUUAUUUUCAAGUGCCGUGUACUUCGCCGAGGCAGACGACCCCUCCUCUGGGUUCAACAGCAUCCCUGAUGCUUUCUGGUGGGCCGUAGUCACCAUGACAACGGUGGGAUACGGAGACAUGCACCCAGUAACCAUCGGGGGCAAAAUUGUAGGAUCCCUGUGCGCAAUUGCUGGUGUGCUAACAAUCGCCUUGCCAGUUCCCGUGAUAGUUUCCAAUUUCAACUAUUUCUAUCACAGAGAGACUGAGGGGGAAGAGCAGGCUCAGUAUUUGCACGUCGCCAGCUGUCAGCCCCUGUCUUCAUCGGAGGAGCUCAAAAAGACACGUAGCUCAUCAUCCCUGAGUAAAUCGGAGUAUAUGGUGAUAGAGGAGGGUAUCAACAGUGCUUUUAAGCAGCCCAACUUCCCCGCUCAGAACAGCCAAAAUUGUGUUAACAUCAAAAAGAUUUUCACGGACGUUUAAGCUUUUGACAGGGAACACCGCAAACAGUUUGGCCAUUGCAUUAGCUAUUCUGUUUUCAGUCAUUAUGGUGUCUGUAGCCUACAAGUCAGUAUGGAGGGCGCGCAGUGGGUAGGCUAUAUGUAGCCUAUGUGCCAUAACUGUCAGUAUGAGAUUGUAGCCUACACACCGUUUUCACACAGCUAUUACGAAUCAGCGUUCAAAUGAUCCAUGUUCAUUAAUUCUAUACAGACAAUGCAGGGGUCAUCAGUGUUAGUAUUUUUUUGUUAAGAAAGGUAGAAAUAGCCUAGGCUAGUUUAUAGCACUAUCAUCAACGAAUUGAUGAGUAUCAGUUUAGAUUACAUUAUGGUUACUAUAAAUUCUUAUAAAUGAAUAUGGUUCAAACAGUAUAUUAUAGCAUCUAAUAUAGCCUGAAAUUGUCCAUUCAUUAAAAACCGUUACCAAAUUCAUUUCAGUAGCUUUGUAAGAUUUUAUGAAGUUCAACGUACAGUUUAUUACUCUAUAAGUAUAAUUAAACUGAUGGCAGCAUAAAUCAAAGGCAGCUUUUUAUUAUAUGACAGGAGCUGCUAUAGUAGGAGAUAUAUUUGUGCUUGUGGAUUUUUAAAAAAUCAGAUCAGAUCGUCGGUCUUUAUUUGCGGAAAUUGCUGUUAAACAGGUAGCUAGGUGCUUGAAGCCUCUGAGGGAUGUCUGCACAUAUAAUCAGGGGUGCAAGACCACACAAAAAAAGAAAGGAAAAAAGCGAUCUGAGAACACGGUUUCACUGGAUGCCUUUAAUCAUGCCUGGAGUGAUGCAGUCUCCAUAGUGACCGUGGUUUCCUGGGUAACGCCCGCUAUUGUUGCCAUGGCAUUGUUGCCUUUCUCUGUUUCCACAGUAACACUCCAGAUGGUUUUGAAACCAUGGCUUGAAAAUCAUAAAGAUUAAUUGAAUAAAAGAACAGCUGACGCAAUCUCGUUAUAAACAGGAACAAGAUUAGUAAUGGAUUACCUGGUCAACAUAUGGUUUGGUCCUCAAAGAGUAGAUUGAAUGACACUGUGGAAAAACAGCGCGCCCUGUCUUAGUGAUGCGAAAUCACACCACGACCUUUUUUGGAUAAAGUGAAAUUCAGGCAACACUCGUCCUUGACAAGGUGAAAAUGUGAAAGUUGAGGGGAAUAAAAUAAAACACGGAGGCCUUCAACAGAGACUUUAUGGACACGUGGACUGUGAAUGGGUGUGGACCAGACUGUGUGCGUUACAUCUUAUACUCACAAGGGGAUGCUCUUCUCACAUCAAACAGGAGAGCAUCACAGAUGAGUAGAUGGGUCGUCAUGACCACAGUCCUGAUGCAUGACCUAUGCCCACCUGCCAAAUGGAACGGCACAGCAAUGGGGGGGGGGGGGGGGGGGGGGGGGAUCCGCCAACAGCCUUUCACUCCUCUUAGCCAUACAGGCUUAAUUGGUGCAAAAACCCAGAAGCUACAGCUAUUUUACAUGCCUUCAUGCCUUUCUACUCAGCUUAGUGUGCCGCCGCCAGCAUUACUGUCGACUCUGACAAA